AUGGCCGGCAUAGACUUGGGUUCAGCAUCACAUUUUGUUCAUCAUCGCCUUCAACGCCCUGACCUUGAAGACGAUGAGAACCAACAAGACCAAGACAACAACGUUAACGAUCACGAAGGUCUUGACCUAGUUACAACAAAUCAAGGUCCUGGUGAUAUUGUUGCUCGCAGGCCAAGAGGAAGACCUCCAGGUUCAAAGAACAAGCCUAAACCACCAGUUAUCAUCACACGAGAGAGUGCAAACACGCUUAGGGCUCACAUCCUUGAAGUUAGUAGUGGUUGCGAUGUCUUUGACUCCGUCGCUACCUAUGCAAGGAAGCGACAAAGAGGGAUCUGUGUCCUCAGUGGGAGUGGCACCGUCACCAACGUCACGUUGCGGCAGCCGGCCGCUGCCGGCGCCGUCGUCACACUGCAUGGAAGGUUCGAGAUCCUGUCUUUGUCAGGAUCAUUUCUUCCACCUCCUGCUCCACCUGGUGCCACAAGUUUGACUGUAUUUCUUGGUGGAGGGCAGGGUCAGGUUGUGGGAGGAAACGUCGUUGGUCCUUUGAUAGCUUCUGGGCCUGUUAUUGUUAUUGCUUCAUCUUUUACUAAUGUGGCAUAUGAGAGGUUGCCUUUAGAUGAAGAAGAAGCUAUGCAGAUGCAACAAGGACAAUCAUCUGCUGGAGGUGGUAGCGGUGGUGGUGGUGGCGGAGGUAGUGGUGGUGGAGUCAGUAAUAACUCUUUUCCUGACCCCUCUUCAGGGCUUCCAUUCUUCAAUUUGCCCUUAAACAUGCCUCAGUUACCUGUUGAUGGUUGGGCUGGGAACUCUGGUGGAAGGCAAUCUUACUGA